GACUCAUCAUGGAUAUAACCUGUUUAUGCAUGGACAUUGCCAUUGAGGUCUUCCACCAUUUUAAAGUAGUCAACUGGGUGGGGAAUCCUAUUGGUUGGGAGCAAUCAGCUAAUGAUCAGAGCAUUGUCUUCUUCUUCAAAUUGGGUGUUAUGGUUUGUAAAUGGCUUUAACCUAUAUAACCGCCAUCGAGUGGCCACAAUAAAUGAAUGACACAAGAUUUGGUUCAGGACUCCAGCACUACAGGUGGCAGCAAAUAACCAAUAUUAGCUUUACACUUUUUUUAAACACAAAAGAAGAAAACUGACUACUUUAAAAUUGAGGUAGCCUAAAUACCUAUGACUGUAUAUAUGAAUAGACAAAGCCAUCGAUCACGUGACAACAUUAAUUCCUAUGUGAAUACUCAAUAGCACAUUGAAGCCAAAGUAAGUCGGUUAAGAUGGCAUCUCAAGGAGACAUAGUAACCGAAAGGUUGCAAGAUCGAAUCCCUUAACUGACUUGCCUAGUUAAAUAAAGGUAAAAUAAAAAUAAACAUACACAGUUUGAGCUACUCCAAGAAGUCAUGUUGCAGUCUUGGUCAGUGCUGCCCCAUCUCAUUGAGUAACUCAAAUUGAAGGGAAACCGGGGUACUGCAGGCUGCAAUUAGUAACUAAAUUAUCCUUACCUUCUUAUGUGUGCGAUUUUAAAAUAAUCUGUUCAAGGACAUACAUCUGGUGUAUUAGAAGCAAUUAUUGGUACCAUGCCUGUCUUCUAAAAACAUUUUUAUUUACACAAAGAUUUUUCCAUUCACUAUAGUGGGGGAUCCUGUUUUACACUAACAAUGCUUGUAUCGCGGUAGGCCUUGCACUUCCAUUGCUUCAAUGAGAGGGGGCACUCAUUCCCCCUGGGCGCUGCCCAAGCGGUCACAGACGCUAGUAGCCUAUAAUUGCUCUGAUACAAGUCCUCUAUCUAUCUCUGGGACAAGCACCGAAGAAUGGACAGCGUUCCCGAGAUUCCAAUCUUUAAGGAGCAAUUUUUUUGACAGAAAUCAGACAUUCAUAAGUCAAAUAAAUAACAUAGUAAAAUCACAACCAGUACAGUUUUAGUUCCCGAAUCCGGGCCUUUGUCAUGAUGACGAUGACGUAGCACUCUACUACUUAACUGCAGUUGCAGAUUCAAAAACCACAAGUAAUUACGACACACGUUUUACGCCUGCAGGGGUGUAAUCAUUAAUGCACACCUGAGUAAACAGUUGCCAAUACAAAACGUUUUCCAUAGAAAACAAGAGUUUCUAUUGGGCAAAUGUAGGUAGGUCACCACCAAUGAUGUGCGUCAUUGGUCAGUUCCGUUCGCUUUUGUUGGCUGUUUGGUUUCCAGUUAGUAAAUACAGCCCAGGUGUAACACACCCUGAAUAUAUUGCCCAACCCUCUUACCAUGGUAUGCGGCACUUGGCCUACUCUUGGCUGAAAAAGGAGGCCGACCGCUGUCAUGAAAAUGUGUUUGUUUUUAUCUUUACGGUCCAAAAUGCUAUCCACAUGCAUAUGAAAAUGGUAAAAGCAUAGGCUUAAAAUAUAUCUCCAAUGAUUUUCACUGAAUUCAGAUACUUCCCUUGUACAGCAAGGCAUCAAAGCAUCAAGGACAACACGAGGAAAGUAGACUGGUAAAGAUGGAUAAGAAGAGCGGUCUGCGCCUGUGUCACUUUGGGACAGCCAGGCGAAGGCGAUGGUGGGGUCUGAGGAGAAGAUGGAUUUACAUUUACAUCACAUUUACAUUUACAUGGAGGAUGCUAGGGGUGUUUAAGACCAACCAGGAACAUGACUUAUACAGCCUCACCUGUCUUAUGAAAGAGGGCCUGCAUGCUGUCCUACAGACCAGCAACAACACAACAGUACCUGGUCAACUUUCUGCUGAACAUUACAAAUCGGCAGAGACCCAAGUCCACAAGGACUUGGAGAUGCAGACUUUUGCAGGGCCUGUGUUCGCCGGCCUGCGGCGGUCCCUGGAUAUAACAGAGGAGGAGUACCAGCGGUCCCUCUCUUCAGACGGCUGCUAUCUACAGUUCAUCAGCAACUCCAAGAGCAAGGCUGAAUUCUUCCUCACGAAUGACAAGAGGUUCUUCCUAAAGACACAGAAUACGCGGGAGGUUAUGUUUUUCCUAUCCAACCUGAAGGCAUAUAUGGAUCAUUUGGAGAAAUACCCCCAUUCCCUGAUGGUCAGGUUCCUGGGGCUCUAUAGCAUUCAAAUUCCAAAUAAAACAAAGGUAAUUUUAAUGAACACGAAAUUUCACAAACACAGUUGUUUUUUUAUUACUCUAAGUAACUUUUCUCUCAUUCUUCCUCAGAAGUAUUUCAUUGUGAUGCAGAAUGUGUUUUACCCGGACGAGAGGAUUAAUACCAGAUAUGACAUCAAGGGAUGUGAGGUGGGUAGGUGGACUGACCCUGCAUCUAUGGAAAACCCAGUUACUAAGAUUCUGAAGGAUAACAACUUUGAAGGAAAGCACAUCAUUCUGGAUAAGCAGCGCUCCUGGCUUGUGGAUCAGGUUGAAAUAGACUCGGCCUUCCUCCGUAGCCUCAAUGUGCUUGACUACAGUAUCCUGCUGGCCCAUCAACCCUUGCACCAAGAUGAGCUGGACAGGAAUCACUCCUUUAGUAACCUGACUAUGCGCACUGUAAAGUCAAUGGACCAAGACAGUCCCGCAGAGGAAGAUCCCCCCACUAUUCCGUUGUUGGAGGGGUACUCUGCUCGACUGGCAUCAGAUACAAUAGACAGUGGGUCAGACCACAUCCAGAACACAGGGGAACACUCUGGCCAUGGAAUCCCCCUCCAGGAGAUAAACCUACACUCUGUAAACUGUACAGAAGCAGAACUCCUGGAGUUCCAAGCUCAUCACCGUAGGCUGCUGCCUAAUUUAAAAAACUCUGUGCAUGUCAUAGACGGACCAAAGCUGCGCUACUUUGUGGGUAUUGUAGACUUUUUCACUGUGUACGGUGUGAAGAAAAGGCAGGAGAACCUGUGGAAGAGUCUGCGCUUCCCUGGCAGAGCCUUCUCCACUGUCAGCCCAGCUACCUACUCCCAGAGGUUCUGCCAGUGGGUGAAGGACCACACCAAGUAAACCAGGGACACUGAAGCCCAUUGAAAGACACAGAAGAGACUGUCAAGUGAAUAAUCAAACUUGUUUUGUGAACAGCAUGAACAGUAGGUGGCACCAAAUAGCUUCUGUUGCAGUGGUAGCCUGUUUUUAAAAUAUAUAUAUUUAGAGGAAUUUUAUAUUAGUGACAUGUCCCCCAAACAAUUAUGUGGCAGGUUUCUCAAAAAUCAUGUAUGAAUGUGUAUAAAAUGUAUUGGAAUAA